GAAAAUCCCAACUAUAAUGACACUUCGUACAUUUACAAAAUCUCAUCAAAUCAAAUGAUAGCAUAACACUAUAGUGACACUUCUCAAAGCAUAAUUACUAAUUAGGGUGUAUUCCUCCCACCAUCUCCGACGACUUUUCAAAUAAUUCUUCAUUCGUCUUUUUCACAAUUUCUUUCAUCUUUUCAUAUUCAUGGAUAUUCAAGAUCAUACCACCACCCCAUCAGGGCACACUUGCCGCCGAUGUGGGUGGCCGUUUUCGGGCCCGAACCCGAGGAGAGACCAUAAGAGAAUAUGUGGAACUGUUGAAGGGUAUACUAAGGUUAUUAAUGAUGAAGCAGUUUCUGAUGAUGAUGAUGAUCAUUAUUCUGGUUUUGGUUAUGAGGAUGAUGAUGAACAACGCCAUUUUGAUUAUGGUGAUGAAGAGAAAGAGAUGAUGACCCCAGGCCCCAAGAUUGAGAAAAAGAUCAUCAAAGAGAGUGGCAGCGGUGCUGGUGGGGUCGAAGAAAAACCGAAUAGAUCCGAAGAUGAUAUGUUUUCAGCAGCAACAGAGUUUUCAGAUACCCGAACCAGUCCAAGUGUGACUUCUGAUGUAAAAAAAGUGGACGAGAAAUUUGAGGUUUUCGAUAACGUUCAAGACAAUGCAACGAAAGAUUCGGUUCCUUUGGUCAAAGAUCACGACGAAGAUAAAGCCAAGACUUUGUUAGAGGAUUUCAAGGAUCAUAAAACUGUGUAUUCUAAUGUUUCGAGUGAUGACAAACAUGGAGAAAGUGGAUCCAUUGUGUUUGUCUUUGAAGACAAAGUAGUGCAAGAGAGUGUUCAUAAAAGUCAAACCUUUGACUAUGAAGAGUAUGCUUUUGAAGAAAAUAUAGUUACAAAAAAUCUUAGUGAAGCAGAAGCUUCUCAUGAUAAACAUCCGGUCGUGAUUCUUGGUGAAAUUGAUCAUAGUGUUCCAGUUUUGCCUGAAAGUGCGGUUUCUGGUUCAAAAGACGGUGUCAAAGUCAGAAGUAUUGAAACUGUGGUAGGUGAAGGCAGCGGCAAGGUGUUGACCGGUCAAGAUUCUGGUGUAGGCGCAUCGUUUUGCUCGAGUAGUAAUAGUUUGGAGGGAAUUUGGGGUUCGGUUUCAGAUAUUUCAGAUGUUUUUGGUAAGUCAGAAAAGCGGUCGGAUAGAUCACAUGCAUUUAAAGGCCCGUCUUUGGUAGAAUCCAAAGAGGAAAUCAUUGAGCAGAAAGCGUCUAAUGCACCAAAAUCUGCAAAUAAUGAAGAUGCAAUUGCAAAAGUUACCAACUGGAGCACAAGUGGACACAUUGCUACUAUUCCGUUAAGAAAGUUGAUGGGUGAAGCGAGGUUUCCCGAUCCUAAACCGUCAUCGAGUUUGAUUACAAAAGAUGAGAAUGCUGCUGAAAGUAGUCAACCUGGAAAGUCAAAGCUGACCCAACAAACUCCAGAAGUCAACCAGGAAUCAUCUCCGGUGAUAAACAGUGGCGAGGGUAAACUAGUCAAGAAGAAAACAAACAAGGCAAUAUCAGCGUUGGCGCGAUUCGUGUGCUGCUCAGCGCCAGUUACAAAAUGAUAUACAUAUACUCGAAUAUGAGUUUGACUUGAGUUGACCCAAAAGGCUACAUGGUUUCAUUUUAGUAUAUUUUGUAUAUGUUGCAUAGACACAUUGAGAAAUUUCAGAACUUGAUGUGCAAAGUCAUUGGAUAGAGUUUUUGUUUACAUGCUUAUUGAAUUUUGGUCAUUGUUAUACAAAGGACACAAUUGAUGGAUAUAAUGGAUUUUUGUUUGACUU